AUGUCGAACGUUAACACUGUCGAUUCUGACAGUUCUCUCUCUCCAGCCAUUUCGAACCCUGAAGAUCCUGCUGAUUCCACUUCAAGGGUUGUGUCCACUUUAAGGCAGCUCUCAGAGUCUCCAGAAGCGGGAGACGCUGUUUCUGAUGAAAAAACAGCAUUUGAGAAGCUCGCACAGUAUAAGCCUCAAGAUAGCAAAGAUGAGACAGUCAGAAUACUCGAGAGCUUUAUUCACAAUCUGCCAUUGGAGAGCAGAAAAGUCAUCAUGAAGUUCAUCAACAUCAGUGACGAUCACAACAUUUUCGAUCUGGCUUAUCAUCUCAGAACUGCCGUCCUCAUCCCCAUGAAGGCAGAAGGGGGGAAGACGCCACAAGUCACCCCGUUGCCCUUUUCGGCAACAGACAUUACAAGAGAAAUUGUGGCGUCUGAAAUGACGCAAUCAAGCUCUAGAAAUGAUCAGGGACGGCUCAAGACAGCCUGCCUUCAGCGUGACAACUACAAAUGUGUUGUCACUAAGAUUUGGGAUCCUGUAGCUGUCUCGACUUUUAACAUUCAAGGCGCGAUGACACUCCGUACUCAGCUCGCGCACAUAAUCCCAUUUUCUAUGGGACACUGGGAAAACGAAUGGAAGGAGAAAGAAAUCGCACAAUGCUGGGAAACAUUGUACCUUUUAUUUCCCAGCAUCAAGGACAUCAUCAUGCCAACUACGGUCAAUACCCCGGCAAAUGCGAUGACAAUGGCCGUGCCAGUCCAUCAAGAUUUUGGCAGUUUCCAGAUUGCCUUCACACCAACCGACAAAGAGAAUACGUAUAGGAUCAAGGUUUACCCAGGGCAUCAGACAUUCUUUGGCCAAUACUAUGCGAAGCCCAUAACCUUCACCAAGAACAGCGCCAGCGCCUCAGAAUUGCCCAGUAAAGACCUCCUUAAGAUGCAUGCGGCGAUCGCCGAGAUUCUUCAGGCGUCGGGGCAGGGGGAGAAGAUCGAUGAACUUCUGCGUAAAUGGGAUGACAUUAGAUGCCUGGCAUCUGAUGGAAGCACGGAUCUCGAAAGCCUUCUUUCGUUAGUAAGUGUCCAUUAG